GUUCGGGCCAUAUAUAGAAGGCGGCGGGCAACCUGUGACAUCCUCCCCACAUCCCCAACUCAACUUUACCCAUCGCUACACCCCACCACACCAUGGCCAAGUUUACAAACGAGGCCGGCGCUGCCCUCGCCUUUGGCAUCCUCUACGCCGCCAUGUGGCUCUACAUGGCCUACAUGUACGCGACAAAGCAAUACAAGUGGAAGUCGAGGUUUACAAUCCUCUUCUUCCACGCGACGCUGCGUGUGGCCUCGCAGGGCUGCGGUAUCGCGUUCGGCAUCCUCGCAUGGAGCAACGUCAACGUCUUUGUCGCCUACCUCAUCCUCGGCGCCGAAGGCUACUUCUCCCUCACCAUCGCGUCCUACUACUUCCUGCACCACUACCUGCUCAAGCACUUUGGCUCGUCGCGUCUCAUCCCCUUAGAGCUCGACAAGAUGCCUGCGGCCGACCGUCGCAAGCGUGCGUUCAUGCUCAUGGCCAUGCUGCCCGUCGUCAUGCCAUGGAAGUUUUGGCAGAAUGACCUGAUGGCCAUCAUCGACUCGUGGCUCAUCCCCGCCAACGCAAUCAUCAUCGCCGGUGGCUCCAUGAUGGCCGGCGCCAUGGACCCCAACUCGAGCCAGUACAAGGGCCUGACGCCCGAGCAAAUCCAGGCCAAGAUCAAUCACAAGCUCGACGUGUCAAAGGCUCUCCGCACCACUGGACAGGCCAUCUUCCUCGCUCUGACGGUCAUCUUUGGCGUGUUCGUCCUGCAUACACUUCGCCGCGGUCAGCGUCACGGUGGCAUCACCAAGACCAUCAUCCUGUUCGUGAUCGUCGCCAUCAUGCUGCACGUGCGCGGUAUCUUUGGUGUCCUCCAGGCGGCCGUCUACAGCCUCUCAUACUACAACCCGGCAAACUUCGCCGCCGAUGGCCUCACGCACCGCUUCACGGCGCUCGAGUACUGUCUCGCUGUUCUUCCCGAGUUCUCUGCUGCCCUCGCUCUCAAUAUCUCGUGGCGCACGAGCGCGAUCGAGGCCCCGAUCAAGCAGCACGGCCUCCCGGAUCCCGAGGAUGGCCAUGUCCUCUCCGCCAAGCGCACCGACGACGAGUCGCGCGUUGGCGAGGACGAGCCCAAGCCCUAGGCCCGUGAGCGCACCAACGCGACCCGGCCACACCCCUCCCCGUCCCCCCACCCCGCGUGAUACACCGCCGACUAAUCCGCGCACGGCGCACAUUGUAUAGUUCCCCUGUAGCGUGUCACGAAUGCAUGAACUGUGUCUAACCAAA